CGGCUGGGGCCACGCCAGCCCCGUGGGACGCUACAAAUUGGGGUGCCAGCGGCACCAGGAAGCUGCUGGGGGGUUCUGCUGCAGGAGGUGGUGACUCCCUCGGGGAGGGAAGCAGCAAAAAUGCCUUCAAUGACGGACCAGCAGGCGGAGGCUCGCGCCUUCCUCAGCGAGGAGAUGAUCGCGGAGUUCAAGGCCGCCUUCGACAUGUUCGAUGCUGAUGGAGGCGGGGACAUCAGCACCAGGGAGCUGGGGACGGUGAUGAGGAUGCUGGGGCAGAACCCCACAAAGGAGGAGCUGGAUGCCAUCAUAGAGGAGGUGGACGAGGAUGGCAGCGGCACCAUCGACUUUGAGGAGUUCCUGGUGAUGAUGGUGCGCCAGAUGAAAGAGGAUGCCAAGGGCAAGUCUGAGGAGGAAUUGGCCAACUGCUUCCGUGUGUUCGACCGGAACGCGGACGGGUUCAUCGACAUCGAGGAGCUGGGUGAGAUCCUGAGGGCCACCGGGGAGCCCGUCACCGAUGAGGACAUUGAGGACAUGAUGAAGGAUUCGGACAAGAACAACGAUGGCCGCAUCGACUUCGACGAGUUCCUGAAGAUGAUGGAGGGGGUGCAGUAAAGGACCAGACAUUCCUCGGGCCGGCGGCUGGGCCCAGCCCCGCUGCACCAGCAGCCAGGGAGCAGCAGCUCCACAGCACCAGCCCCUGGCCCUGCCCUGCGCCGGCCCCGCUGCCACGGCCGAGCUCUUCCUCCCC